AUGCCAGCCCAUGACAUGGACUGUGAUGUCUCCUCUCUGGUUGCCUGUGUAGUGGAUAUUGAGGUAUUUACCAACCAAGAUGUUAAGGAGAAAUUUGAGAAUUUGUUCCGUGCUUAUGAUGACAGUGUGACAUUUCAGCUGUUUAAAAGUUUUCGACGCAUAAAAAUUGACUUCAACAACCCUAAAUCUGCUGCUAAUGCUAGAACAGAACUUCAUGAAACACAGUUCCAAGGGAAGAAACUAAAGCUUUACUUUGCAAAGGUCCAGGCUCUGGAGAAUGACAGAGAGGCCAUCCACUUGGCUCCACCCCAGCCAUCCAAGCAAUUCCUCAUCUCACCUCCAGCCUCUCCUCCUAUUGGUUGGCAACCAAAAACUGAUGAUACACCAGUCAUCAAUUAUGACCUCCUUUAUGCUGUUUCUAAACUGGGACCAGGUGAGAAAUAUGAACUGCAUGCAGGUACUGACUCCACCCCCAGUGUAGUUGUGCACAUCUGUGACAGUCAUGCAACGGAAGAGGAAGACCCAAAUAACACACCAAAGCCACAAAUUACGCAGACUCGACGUCCUAGCCUACCAUCCUCUGUGUGCAGCUGACUUGCCCCAAGAAGAACGUCUCUUGUUUUGUGUAUCACUGUUUUCUCUUGGUAGAAGUCAGCCAUGGCUCUCUGUAUAAUCCAGUAUUUAGUUUGUUAGAAUAUUCCCUGUGAGACAAUGGAGCCUAAGAAACAAAAGGGCCCAGAAUGUGUUCUUUGUAGCCAUAAUUAUGUCACAUUCCUGCAGAACGGAAAGGGAGGGGGGAUUAGGUGGAGGGAUUUUCCUCCUUAGGCUGCAGCCUGGGAUAAAGUCAGCAAGCCUUUCUUCUAAGGAAACAUGUAUAGGAUUGCACUGCACAAAUCAAGAUUCUUUAAAUGUCAUUCAUUAAGUGGAGGUAAUAAUGUUUGGAUAUGUUGUUCAGAUCAACCAUCCCCACAUGCUCCAAGGCACAUUUCUACAAAUAGGUUUUUCUCCUUAUGCUUACUGUGCAGUUUAGCUUUCUUCUCUGGGCCUGAAUUAGGAGGAACUCUUGUUCAAUGGAAGAACUCAUCCUAGGUCCACCUUAUAAUACUGUAUCUGCAAGGAAGUGGGAGGAGAGGGACCUCGGAGAGCAGAAAGGUUCUAGUUGUGAAUCCUUGGAGAGCCAUUGUCAGAGUAAACAACAGAAUCAAGCUUGACCAGUGGCAUUGGAA